UAGUAAGUAACAUACAUAUGUACAGUGUAGUAGAUGUGUCAUCAUCCUAACUAAACCAAUAUAGUUUUUGGUUUUGUAUUUAUCUAAUUAAAUACUACAAGAUUACAGUAACUGUUGAACAACCUCUAGUCUCUUUAAUAUGUCGUCUCCGAUUAAAUUCAACGUUAUAGGUGAGGAAGGUAAGAUGUUGGUAAAAGUCAUGCAUGUAAACAACUUCACAACACAUUAAUUUGAAUAUAAAAUGGUAUACAUAAAUACAUGUUGGUGCAUUAGUAUUACUAAAUACAUUAGAGCAAUGGGAGAUCAUCAACAAAAAGUUCAUCCGGUUCUUCAAAUGGAAACUAACAAGACGACCACAACAGCACCAGCAGCUCCAAGAAAGACAGAGCUGCUUCCGAUUCAACGGCCUGUUACGCCUCCUGCGAUGCGUAGUAAGAAAGGAAAUCUCUGCUGCAAAAUAUUCUGUUGGGUGCUAAGCCUUCUAGCCAUUGCAUUGAUCGCGUUAGCAAUUGGGGUUGCGGUUGUAUACUUUGUCUUCCACCCUAAACUCCCGCGUUACGAAGUAAACAGUUUACGAGUUACCAACCUCGGGAUCAAUUUAGACCUCUCUCUCUCCGCGGAGUUUAGAGUCGAGAUCACAGCUCGUAAUCCCAACAAAAAAAUCGGCAUUUAUUACGAAAAAGGAGGACAUAUCGGUGUGUGGUACGACAAGACAAAGCUCUGCGAGGGGCCUAUACCGAGGUUUUAUCAAGGGCAUCGCAAUGUGACUAAACUAAAUGUGGUUCUAACAGGAAGAGCGCAAGCCGGGAACACUGUCUUGUCGGCAUUGCAGCAGCAGCAACAGACUGGACGUGUGCCGUUAGAUCUUAAAGUGGAUGCACCUGUUGCCGUAAAACUCGGAAAAUUGAAGAUGAAAAAGAUUCGGAUAUUGGGGAAUUGUAAGCUUGUUGUUGAUAGUUUAUCAACAAACAAUAAUAUCAACAUCAAAGCUAGUGAUUGCAGUUUUAGGGUCAAACUCUGAGAUGUUCUUAGUUUUAUGCUUUUUACUGUUUAUUGGUGUGGGCUCUAUUCAUCAUU